GCUCGAAACAACAAGACCCUCUCUCUGCCUACAAAACCCUAGAGCCACCAUCUCAGAAACCAGCUAGACCCAUCUUCCUUCGUCGCCGACAAGACCGAUGGCGAUCGAAAAAACUGAAUCGAAUACGGAAAAUGCGAGGAAGCUCCGAUGGGGCGAGCUGGAGGAUGAGGACGAGGAGAAUCUGGACUUCCUGCUCCCGCCCAGACAGGUAAUCGGGCCAGACGAAAAGGGAAUCAAGAAGGUAAUAGAGUACAAGUUCAACGAUGCGGGACAUAAGGUCAAAGUAACCACCACAACGCGGGUUCGAAAGCUUGCCAAUGCCCGGCUGAGUAAACAGGCUCUGGAGAGGAGGAAUUGGGCCAAGUUCGGUGAUGCUGUGCAUGAGGAUGUCGGUAGCAGGCUCACCAUGGUCUCCACUGAGGAGAUUCUUCUUGAACGACCUAGAGCUCCUGGUACCAAAGCAGAAGAAACAAAGGUGGCAGGAGACAGCUUGGCUCAGCUUAGUAAAGGAGGUGCUGUUCUUAUGGUAUGCAGGACAUGUGGUAAGAAAGGGGAUCACUGGACUUCUAAAUGCCCAUACAAGGAUCUUGCCCCCCAAACUGAAACCUUUACUGAUAAACCUCCUGUAUCUGAGACCUCUGUGGGUACAUCGGGAGCCACAAAGGGAGCUUAUGUGCCACCAAGCAUGAGAGCUGGAGCAGAGAAAACUGCUGGAUCAGAUAUGAGGCGGAGGAAUGAUGAGAACUCAGUUAGGGUAACAAAUCUAUCGGAGGAUACCCGGGAGCCUGACUUGCUUGACCUUUUCCGCACAUUUGGCCCUGUGAGUCGCGUCUAUGUUGCUAUGGACCAGAAGACAGGUACAAGCAGAGGUUUUGGUUUUGUCAACUUUGUACACAGGGAGGAUGCCCAACGUGCUAUCAAUAAGCUCAACGGCUAUGGUUACGACAAUCUCAUCCUUCGGGUUGAGUGGGCCACGCCAAGAUCAAACUAGAACAUUAAUUUUCCUGAUAGUUCGGAGCUGGUGAUUCAUUUUGACUCUGUUUUCUCUUGAUAUUCCUUUUUUCAUUUUUAUAUAUGAAGACAUUUCUAGCUUUGUGUUUUUGUUGUUAUUUUUCAUCAUUAAAGCAAACAAUUGACUCAAAAGUGAGCUUCUUAUUAUCAAGUUAUAAACAAAACAAGCUCCUAAGCAUCAUGUCAAUCGUGCGAAACAAAGCUCAGGCCAUCUUUUCUCAGUAAACUUGUUUUCGACCU